AUGGGCUGCUGCUGCUGCGGCGGCGGCGACGGCGACCACGACCGCGGCUGCCGGCCGCUGGGGUUCCUGCUGGGCCUGCCCUUCGCGCUCGUCGCCGUCCUCGUCUCCAUCGUCGGCGCCAUCAUCUGGAUCAUCGGGCUGCCCAUCUCGUGCAUCUGCCCCUGCUGCCUCUGCGUGACGCUGCUGCUGGAGGCGGCCGUGGAGCUCGUCAAGGCGCCGCUCCACGUCAUGACAUGGUUCACCUCCAAGAUACCCUGCUGAUUCAUCUGAUCGCCGCCUCCUCCU